AUGCGUUUCACUACCAUCACCUCUCUUCUCGUUGCUACCGGUGGCAUUGCUGCUGCCGCGCCCCUUGAGUCGGGCAUUCUUACUGGUGGUCUUCCCGCACCCGUCAAGGCCCGUGACGACGCUCUCACUGGUGGCAGUAUUGGGGGCCUUGUCGACCGCGAUGAUGCCCUUACCGGUGCUGUUGCUACAGGCGGUGCCUUCAAGGCCCGUGACGAUGCUCUUACUGGCGCUGUUGCCACCGGCGGUAUUCGCAAGGCCCGCGGCGCCGGGGUUAGCCUUGAGAUUCUUCGCAGAGAAGACGAUUCACUUGAGUCAGGCGCUCUUACUGGCGCUGUUGCUACCGGGGGUGCCUUCAAGGCCCGUGAUGAUGCGCUCACUGGCGGUAGUGAUGCAGGCAUUGUUGCCCGUGACGACGCUCUCACUGGCGCUGUUGCUACAGGCGGUGCCUUCAAAGCCCGUGAUGAUGCUCUCACUGGCGGUAUUCUUCAAAUCCUUCGCAGAGAAGAUGAUUCACUCGAGUCGGGCGCUCUCACUGGCGCUAUUGCUACCGGAGGUGCCUUCAAGGCCCGUGACGACUCCUCCUGCGCCGUCGCCACAGUAGGAGACUACACAUGGAAGAUCACCAAAUUCAUUGGACGCAAGCCCCAAGGCACCUUCUACAACUACAUUGCCUUCAAUGUUCAGUCUACCAACCCGGGAUCUUCUCUUGAUUUCCGCUGCUCGGUCACUCAGACUCAGCUUCCGGACUCCAAGUUCAUUACUUGUGAUGGCAGCAACACCUUCCAGUUUUCAUUCCAGAAUGAAUACAACGGCUUGAUGCUCAAGUACGGAGAUGCACCUAACGCAAUGGCUGGAACGACUACCGUUCCCGUUGUUUGCCGUGCAGGCGGCAAUGGUGCUCAAGAUCUUGUCUGUGAAGGUGUCCAAGAUACCUACAUGACGCUUGUGAAGUCUCCCUUCCAGUAG